AACGUGGGUGGCUACGAGUUUCUGUCGAAGGAGACUGAUGAAGCAAAAAAGAAAAAGAAAAAGAAAUAAACACAAGAUUGAAGUAUACGAAAAGCUUCAUAUACACACAAUGAUAAGCACCACUUUUGAACAUUUAUAUCAGUGAACCAGCGGGUGAGGGUCGUGUGUCGGACUGGUGCAAGGAAUGGGUAGGAACGAGAGUGUGGGGGAGACAAAGUCCUCAUGCUGGGAGGCUUACACAGAGGGGGAGAGGAAGCGCAUCAUUCCCGCAGUCACAAUUGGCCGCGGAAGUGCUACAUCCCACCAUUAACUCAGUGACGCACGAAAGCAUCAGGCAGUGGACGCCCGGCGAGCCAUCCAGCGAUGGUAACCAAGAACAGUGAGGAGGAGGGCGGCAGGCAGGGCCGUGCCGGGGGUCAGGUUGUCCCCAGUUUGGUUAGCCUCACCCUGGCCAAGGUCCAGCGCAUGCUCACCUCCGCUGUCAAAAGCAGCACGUGGCCCAAAAACAAACAGACACUCACGCACGCCGUCGAUACUCACAUCCCUCACCACCUCAGACAAGAAUUGCAGAACAAAGUCCUGCAGGACUGGCGUCUCUACGACACCAUCUCUCUGCGGCUCCUAGAGUUGAUACUCUCCCCGGCCACCUCCUCCCUGAGGCUGGCGCACGUCAGGGUCUUCUUCCGCGAUGCCUUUCUCGGCCUCCUUCACCGCCUCACUGGCCUCCAGGAGCUGACCUUAAAGGACUCGGUUUGGACGCUGAGCAGACCACAGGUGAGCGUGAUGUCCGAUGCCAUGAGCAAGAUGAUGAACUUGAGGGUCCUUGUCCUCCACUACUGCGGCCACAACCUCCUGCUGGCUGCCGCCGCCUCCCACUGCCCCCACCUACAGGUGGUCAGCGUGCGAGGAUCACGUACGGUGGAUGACUCAGGGGUGUGGAGCCUGGUGACCGCGCCCCCAAGCUGCCCCGCCCCUGCACACCGUGCCCGGAAGAAGAGCAGCAUCAUCGCCAGCUGGUACAGUGUUGUCAAGUCCCUCACCUCCGUGACAGCCGCCAUGGAGGUAUGUGGCAAACAGCAGAAGGACGUGAGUUCAGACGAGGAGUCUCCAAACCUGCCCGUGUCCCCAGAUAAAACCCGCAGCAGAACAACGAGUUUCCCUCUGAGUCCCUGUUGCGCCUCCCUUACCUUCGUCGACAUCAGGUGCACCAGCGUCACCUCCGCGGGCGUGUACCUCCUGACCCAGGCACUCCAGCCCCACGCCCACCUGGCCUAUGAUACCUAUCACGACUGACGAAGGGCAAACGUAGAUCAUAAGUUGUUUGUUGUUGUUGUUGUUUUUUAUACUUGCAAACAUGUCCGUUCUUAUCGUCGCUCGUGUGUGUGUGUGCGUGUGUGUGUGUGUGUGUGUGUGUGUGUGUGUGUGUGUGAGUCAUACGUUUAGGUAACUCAAUGCUUUGUUCUCCGUCAGUUUCCAACCUCUGCUAUGAAAAAACAUUCCCAUAUCCUUGUCCAGUGCCAUACUUCCACCAUUUCCUCAUUAUAUCCUUCCCCUUUCCCCCAUCAUGCACUUUGCCCCAUCACGACACGCCCAUGACACACCGCCAUUCCACAGCAGAGGUAAUCACAUCGUUACUUCUUUCACGUCUCGUUCCGUUGUAUAGAUAACACAUUGUGAAAAAAAAUUGAGUCUAAUCUUAAUGGCAAUAAAGUUAAUUCUCAAC